AACGCGAAAAAACCCAGCCCCGGCGACGACGCCGUCUCGCCGUAGGGUUUUCCCCUCGCCUCGCCGCUUGCGAUCACCGCCGCCCAGAAAAAGACUUUGUUGACAGGGAGCAGCUGCCUGUUGUUCAUCGAUGGGAAAACUGCAAACAAAUGGCCAUCAGUCACCUGAUGGCUCAGGUACUGAGAUGAUGGAUUUCCUGAAUUUGGAUGGCGAUGAUGAGGGCGAACCACACAAAAAGGAGGAUGUAAAAGGGGAGCGACAACCUUAUGUGGAUUUUGAGGAGGAGCAGUUUGAUAUGGAUGUAGAUUUGAAAGGAAUACCAUCUGUAGAAAAUGAAGGGAAAGGGAAGAGAGUCCAUGAAGGGAAAGGGAAGAGAGUCCCAAUUGACUUUGAUGUUGCAACCUUUGAGAAGUUUUGCAAAGAAGCAUCAAGAUCGUUUUUCAAUGAAACUGGACUAGUUAGUCAUCAGAUAAAUUCAUACAACGAUUUUGUCUCUCAUGGACUCCAAGAGCUCUUUGAUUCUCUAGGGGAAAUUACUGUAGAGCCUGAUUAUGACCCAUCAAACAAAGCAGGUUCUUGGAGACAUGCAACUAUCAAGUUUGGUAGAGUUGAGCUUGAGGAGCCACAAUUCUCGGUCAACAACAAUGAUCUUGAGGUGGAAAAAUUAAAAUUAAAGCCUAGACAUGCUCGCCUCCAGAAGAUGACAUAUUCUUCUAGGAUGAAAGUAGAAAUGACUGUUCAGGUGUAUUCACUCAACGGAAGUGACAAGGACAAAACUGGAAAAGAUACGUAUGUUCGCAGAAGAGAUAUAAUGACAGAAACUCAACAGGUCACCAUUGGGAUGUUACCCGUCAUGGUGAAGUCAAAUUUGUGCUGGCUGCAUAGACUUCAUGAAAGUGAUUGCCAGUUUGAUUCUGGUGGAUACUUUUUGAUUAAAGGGAUGGAAAAGGCAUUCAUCGCUGAAGAGCAGAGAUGUUUAUCCAGGAUUUGGGUCACGGACCACCCCAGCUGGGAUGCAUGCUACUUGUCUAAAGUCAAUCGAGAAAAGAUUUAUGUAAAACUUGUUCAGUCUAAAAGUAAUGAAAGCCAUAGCAAAGUCAUCAACCUGUCCUUCCUGGGUGCGAUUAUGCCAAUCUGGAUAGUGUUUUUUGCACUAGGUGUAUCAUCAGAUAAGGAAGCUUUUGAUAUGAUUGAUAUACAAGAUUGUGAUGCUUCUAUGGUCAACAUAAUAUCAUCAACCAUUAAAGAAUCUCAUGAAGAGUGUGAAGACUUCCGUACACCAGGUAGAGCCCGUCAAUAUGUUGAUGAGCUGAUCAGAAAAACAAAGUUUCCGCCUGAGGAAUCGUUUGAUGAGUAUGUUCAUAGGUAUAUGUUUCCUGGUGUCAAUGGGAAUAGGAGCAAGGCUCUUUUCUUGGCUUACAUGGUCAAAUGUCUGCUAAUGGCUUACUCUGGCAAUCGAAAAUGUGAUAAUAAGGAUGAUUUCCGUAACAAGAGGCUAGAUCUUGCUUGCCAGUUGCUUCGGAGAGAACUCUGGGUGCAUAUUAAGAAUGCAGAGAGACGCAUGGUUAAGUUCAUGCAGAGAGAUUUGAGUGCUGAUGGCAACUUACAAGAUCUUAGGCAUUAUGUGGAUGCAUCAAUUGUUACCAAUGGUUUGAGCCGGGCCUUCUCCACCGGUUCCUGGCGGCAUCCUUAUAAACAAGAAAGGUGUUCAGGGAUUGUAGCAACCCUUAGGAGAGCAAAUCCACUUCAAAUGAUGUCUGACCUGAGGAAGACGCGGCAGUGGUUUGCGUAUUCCGGAACGACUGGAGAUGCGAGAUAUCCGAAUCCAUCCUACUGGGGAAAGUUGUGUUUCUUGUCCACCCCCGAUGGCGAAAAAUGUGGAUUUGUGAAAAACCUAGCUGUUACUGCUAUGGUUAGCUCUGUAGUGAGGGAACCAUUGAUUGAUACAUUAGUUUCUUGUGGAAUGAAAAAACUGGAUGAAAUCCCUCUAAAAGAAAUUCGUGGGAAAGACAGGAUUUUCUUGAAUGGAAACUUGCUUGGAGUGUGUACAGACCCAGGCGAAUUUGUUUUGCGUUUAAGGAGCAUGAGGCGUAGCAUGCGAAUUGAUCCACAGGUUGAAAUCAAAAGAGACAAGCACAAUAAAGAAGUUCGUGUAUUUUCUGAUGCAGGGAGAAUUCUAAGACCACUUCUUAUAGUUGAAAAUCUAAGAAGGAUCAUGAAGCCAAAAGAUGGAAUAUACUCAUUUCAGGAACUUAUGGAUAAAAAUAUAAUUGAGCUGAUUGGUGUUGAAGAAGAGGAGGAUAUCCAAUGUGCUUCUGGAGUUAGGCAUCUCUUUGCAGGGUACAAAGAAGAGGGGUCUUUCGGCUAUACUCAUUGUGAACUUGACCCUUCUUUCUUGCUAGGGCUGAGUUGCAGUAUCACUCCCUUUGCCAACCAUGAUUCUGCUCGGAGGGUUCUGAUGCAAGCUGAAAAACUAUCACAGCAGGCUAUUGGAUACUCCCCUACAAAUUCUCACUAUAGAUUUGAUGCCCUUUCACAUCAAAUCUACUAUCCACAGAGACCCUUGUUCAAAACUGUGGUGGCAGACUGUCUUGGAAAGACGGACCAUAACUUUGGAAGAAAAGAUGACUUUACUAGACCAGAAUAUUUCAAUGGCCAAAAUGCAAUAGUCUCAGUCAGCGUUCAUCAGGGGUUUAACCAAGAAGAUUCUCUGGUAUUGAAUAGGGCCUCUUUAGAGCGUGGCAUGUUUCGGACACUACAUUUCAAGAACUAUAAAGCACAGAUCGAAAACAAAGACGUCACGAAACGACUCAAACAUAGGGAAAAUAUUAAAUUUGGGAAAAUGCAAAGCAAGAGAGGGCGGGUUGACAGUCUGGAUAACGAUGGUUUACCAUAUAUUGGAGCAAGUCUUCAAAGUGGUGACAUUGUCAUUGGAAAGGUCACAGAAUCUGGCGAAGAUCAUAGUGUCAAACUGAUGCAUACUGAGAAAGGGAUGGUGGAGAAGGUAGUUCUUUCAGCGAAUGAUGAUGGGGUGAACUUUGCAAAUGUUACUCUAAGACAGUCUCGCUCACCAUGCGUUGGAGACAAGUUUGCCAGCAUGCAUGGACAAAAAGGAGUGGUUGGACUCUUGGAUUCUCAGGAGAACUUCCCAUUUACUCGCCAAGGGAUAGUUCCAGACAUCGUGAUAAACCCACACGGCUUUCCAACUCGUCAAACUCCUGGUCAGUUGCUUGAAGCUGCUUUGGGAAAGGGGAUUGCUCUUGGUGGGACAGUCAGAUACGCGACACCAUUCACCACUCCAUCCCUGGACGUGAUCACUGAACAGUUGCACAAGGCUGGGUUUUCAAGGUGGGGUGGCGAGAGCGUCCUGAACGGCCAGACCGGCGAGAGGAUGCCGUCCCUGGUCUUCAUCGGCCCGACCUUCUACCAGCGGCUGGUCCACAUGUCCGAGGACAAGGUGAAGUUCCGGAACACUGGGCCGGUGCACCCGCUCACCAGGCAGCCGGUGGAGGACAAGAAGCGGUUUGGCGGUGUCAAGUUCGGGGAGAUGGAGCGCGACUGCAUCCUCGCCCACGGCGCUGCUGCCAACCUCCACGAGCGGCUGUUCAUGCUGAGCGACUUCUCGCAGAUGCACAUUUGCCAGGCGUGCGAGCGUGUGGCCAACGUGAUCGUGAGGCCGGUCGAAGGCGGGAAGAAGGUGCACGGCCCCUACUGCCUGUUCUGCCGAUCCGCGGAGAACAUCGUCCGGAUCAACGUGCCUUAUGGCGCGAAGCUGCUGUACCAGGAGCUAUUUAGUAUGGGGAUCAACCUUAAGUUUGAGACCGAGGUCCGCUAGAACGCCAUCAGUAUCUCUUGAAAACGUAGACUACAUACACAAACUCGUUGCCUAGGAUAUUGUUGAUUUGUGAAUGGUUAGCAUGAACCUGGCAUAUGCUCUGAAGCUGCACACAACUAGGAGCUGCUUAGGAAAUGAAGGGGUGAGCACUUAACGUAGUGUCAAGUCGAUUGAAGUCAAUUCAUAGUAUAGACUAUUGUUGAAACCCGCGUUUCGACGGUAUGAUUUUCCGGAUAUUUAGACCGGAUUCAGACACUGUGGUUGAUUAUAUGAUCCUGGAGACCAUGUUCUUGUUUGUGAUCUAGCAAUGUGCUACAGGGAUUCUGUGAUUGCAGCCUGGAAGUGUGUGAUUGAUCAGAAACAGGUGCUUGGAGCUUGUUAAGGUUCACAUGUUUCAUCACUGCGUCAGUUUUAUCCGGCUUUCAAGUUGCAACAGCAAGUUGGAAAAGGCAUGGUUCAUCGCCCAAAAAAAGGAAAAGGUUUGAA